AGGCAAUGUUAGAAAAAGCAGCGUAUAUUUUAUAUGAUACCAACCAGUGAGGAGAAUAAACACUUUUUUCGUGUUCAUUAUUCUCGCAUCACUCAUUCACUGGUUCUUGAGAUAAUGGAGAGCUGAAAUUCCCUCGUCUCUCUGCGAAGAACAAUGUCGCCAUUGUUGAAGCUCUCUCUCUUCCUUUAUGACUCUUUCCGAGUCUCCUUUUGGUUCCUGGUCCAAAGUCUACGGCAAGAACCGAGCGAGUUAUCAUCCGCGACGUCGUUUCCCGAUGGAUCCAAGGAAAUGGCGAUGAAAAUCGACAACGUGGGACAGAUCCUAUACAUUUGGAAGCAGACCAGAAUCAUUGUCCUGAUACCGAUCUUGAAGUGUCUGGCCACGUUGUGUUUCGUCAUGUCCUUGAUGCUGUUCAUAGAAAGGGUUUACAUGAGCGUAGUCGUGGUCAUUGUCAAGCUACUUGGACGAAAUCCAGAGAAGGUUCACAGGUGGGAGGCAUUGAAUGACGAUAUCGAGCUCGGCCACUCCACGUACCCCAUGGUUCUUAUCCAAAUCCCAAUGUACAACGAAAAAGAGGUUUGUCAGCUGUCAAUAGGCGCAGCUUGCAGGCUGUCGUGGCCGUCGGACCGUAUGAUCAUCCAAGUUCUUGACGAUUCCACGGAUCAAGCCAGUAAGGAUCUUGUGAACUUAGAGGUCGGAAAAUGGGCGAAUAAAGGUAUAAGUAUACGGUCUGAGAUCAGAGACAACAGGAAUGGAUACAAGGCAGGAGCCUUGAAAGCGGGGAUGAAGCAUAGCUACGUCAAGCAGUGCGAAUACGUCGUGAUUUUCGACGCUGAUUUCCAGCCCGAGACCGACUUCCUCGCCCGGACCGUCCCCUUUCUUGUCCACAACCCCGAGAUCGCUCUCGUCCAGGCCCGGUGGAAGUUCGUCAAUGCCAAUGAGUGUUUGAUGACAAGAAUGCAAGAGAUGUCUCUCAACUACCAUUUCUUGGCAGAACAAGAAUCUGGUUCUUCAAUCCAUGCCUUUUUCGGAUUCAACGGAACUGCUGGCGUGUGGAGAAUUUCGGCGCUGAACGAGGCCGGGGGAUGGAAAGACCGGACGACGGUCGAGGACAUGGAUUUGGCUGUCAGGGCAUGUCUUCAUGGUUGGAAAUUCGUGUACGUUCAUGACAUUGAGGUGAAAAACGAGUUACCGAGCACAUUCAAAGCUUACCGGUUUCAGCAGCAUCGAUGGUCCUGCGGUCCGGCGAACCUCUUCAAAAAGAUGACGGUGGAAAUCAUUGAAAACAAGAGAGUGUCGUUGUGGAAGAAGCUGUAUUUGAUUUAUAGCUUCUUCUUCGUGAGGAAGAUAAUAGUUCAUACAUUCACAUUCUUCUUCUACUGCGUCAUUUUGCCCACAAGCGUUCUCUUCCCCGAAAUCGAAGUCCCCAAAUGGGCAACGGUCUAUGUCCCUGCUACGAUCACUCUCCUCAAUGCCGCGGCCACGCCUCGGUCACUUCAUCUUCUAGUGUGUUGGAUCUUGUUCGAGAACGUCAUGGCUAUGCAUCGGACCAAGGCAACGUUCAUCGGCUUGUUUGACGCCGGGAGAGUUAACGAAUGGGUCGUCACCGAAAAAUUAGGCGACACGCUCAAGGCGAAGUUAAUCUGUGACGCUUCUCCUACAAAGCGUCGGAGCAGAUUCGGGGAAAGAAUGAAUUGGAGAGAGCUGGUUGCGGGGUUAUAUAUAUUCCUAUGUGGGUGCUACGAUGUUGCGUUCGGGAAGACAUACUUCUAUGUAUAUCUGUUCUUGCAGUCCAUUGCCUUUUUUGUUGCUGGAGUCGGUUAUGUCGGCACCAUUGUUCCUAGUUAGAUUAACUCCUCGGAAAAUAAAACAAUUAAUUUGUUUAGAACUUGAUUGAAGCUCUAGAUUCUAACUGCUGAUAAGGAAAAUCCCUUCCAUAUUUACAGCAA